AUGAAUCUUACAUCAGGAAGUUUUGAGUCUGAGAAACACAAAUUUGCUGUGGCUGUUGGCAAGAAUGUGACCGUAGUCAUUCUGGGAAUCACAAUCAACUACAUCAAUGCUACCAUGAUCAACACAUUCAUGAAGCAUCAUAUUUUCAAGAUCAACCCACGCUACGUGCUUUUCAUCCACCUGGUGUUUAAUGACACGAUCCAGCUCACCAUCAGCAUUUUACUUUUCAUUUUCUCCACCAACUCCUACACACUCUACGUCCCACUUUGUUGUCUUUUAAUCUUGCCUGCCAUUUUCACCACCCAAAACACCCCGCUGAACCUUGCAUGCAUGGCGGUAGAGUGCUACAUCGCUGUGUGCAUGCCUCUUCAUUCUAACCACAUAUGUACAGUCAAAAAAACAUACGUUGUAAUUAGUGUAAUUUGGACAUUGAGCUCACUUUCUGUCUUGCCCGACCUUUUUAUCCUCUUGGCCACUGAAUCACAACAGUUUUUAGAAUCUAGAGUGUUUUGCCACAGGGAUAAUGUAUUUAGAAGCCCCUAUAGUCAAAAGAAAAGAGAUGUGUCUCACUCAUUAUUUCUAGUUGUUGUUUGGUUAACUCUGUUUUACACAUACAUAAGAAUUUUGUUUGUGGCUAGAUCUGCUAAUACAGACACUAAAAAGGCUAGUAAUACUAUUUUACUUCAUGGAUUUCAGGCACUGCUAUGUGUAAUGAACUAUGUCAACCCUAUGUUGUUUCGAGUGUUGGUAUACCUGUUCCCAGGUGAAUUCCAUUAUAUUAACUUUAUUUUGUUUAUUAUAAACCAUGUUUUACCGCGCUUUAUUAGUCCUGUCAUCUAUGGACUACGAGAUACUACAUUCAGGAAGUACUUCAAAAAGUAUCUACUAUGUUCAAACCAACUGGAGGUAUUUAAAAAUGGCAUGGGCUGUGUACUCACUGCAAGCAUCAUCAUGCCGUAA